UAUCUGGGCCAAUUCCUUCAACGCUCAGCAAUCUUACUUAGUUGCAAUCAUUACAAUUAUCAUAUAACAAUCUCAGUGGUCCAUUACCUGAACAUAUGCUGUGGCGGACUACUCGCUUAUAUUUCGGUUCACAACAACAAUUUGAGGGGUCAUAUCCCACCAAGUUUGAAAAACUGCAAAAUUUUAUACAGAGUUAGGCUUGAAGGAAACCACUUCACAGGAAAUAUAUCAGAAGCUUUUGGUGCGUAUCCGAAUUUGAAUUAUAUUGCAUUAAGCAACAACAGAUUUUAUGGUGAACUUUCUUCAAAGUGGGGGCAAUGCCAUAAUUUAACAAACCUACAAAUCUUCAAUAACAACAUUUCUGGAAAGAUACCACCUGAGUUGAAACAUGCAACUCAGUUACAGCAACCCGAUCUCUCUUCAAAUCAUCUUGUUGGUGAGAUUCCCAAGGAAUUGGGGGCAUUGACAUUGAUGUUCUGUCUUUUGCUAAGUGGUAACCAACUUUCAGGCAAAAUUCCACCAGAGAUUGGAGUUCUUUCAAAUCUAGAACAUCUUAACUUGGCAGCAAACCAUUUAAGUGGGCCGAUUCCUUAUCAACUUGGAGAGUGCUCAAAGUUAUUGGACUUGAAUUUAAGCAAAAAUAAACUUGGAGAAAGCAUUCCAUUUUCAGUGAACUACAUAAAUGGUCUUCAAAAUCUAGAUUUAAGUCAGAAUUUACUUAUUGGGGAGAUACCACAACAGCUUGCAAAAUUACAUUCCUUAGAAAUAUUGGACCUUUCUCACAAUAUGCUCAAUGGUUCCAUCCCAAAUUCUUUUAAUGAUUUGAAAAGCUUGACAGUUGUGAAUAUAUCUUACAAUCAAUUAGAAGGCCCUAUUCCUAACAUUAAGGCAUUUCACGAGGCUUCAUUUGAUGCCUUAACGAACAAUAAAGGCCUAUGUGGUAACGCCACUGGACUAAUGCCUUGUGUUGUUGCUGCUGCUAGCAACAAAGUUGGUCAUAGAAAAAGCACCAAAGUCAUCAUUUUCAAUUUGCUUCCACUCUUUGGUCUUCUUCUGUUGCUCUUUAUCAUGGCUGGAAGUUUCUUUAUUCUUUGCCAAAAGAACCGGACCAGAAAAUCUGAGUCAAUGGAGGCACAACUUGGAGAUUUUUUCGCAUUAUGGGGAUAUAAUGGAAGAAUACUCUAUGAGAACAUUAUUGUAGCCACUGAAGAUUUCAGCUCCAACAAUUUCAUUGGUUCAGGAGGCUAUGGAGCUGUUUAUAACGCUGCGCUACCCAUUGGUCAGUUGGUUGCUGUGAAGAAACUUCUUCAAUCUGAAGAUAGCAUGCUUAUCAAUAAUUGA